GGAUGGAGCAUGCGGUGUUUGAGGCGUGGCAUCGGCGCGAGGGCACUGCAUUCUGAGCUCCAGUGACCUCGAUCGCGGCAAGAAUCUUCACAAUGAUGCCGUCGCGGCGGGCUAUGGCUCCAAUCUCGUUGUUGCCAGCAGCCUGGUCAGCAUGUACUCGCGAUGCGGCAGCGUCGCGGAUGCACACAGGGUCUUUGACGCCAUGCCUUGCCGCAAUGUGGUGGCCUGGACGGCGCUCAUGGCCGGGUAUCUGGAAUCCAGCAGCAGCAAGGAUUUUGAUUCGAGCGGCAGUGUCAGUGACAGAGAUUUGGGGUCGCGAUUGGUCAAGGCAGCUCAGAUCUUCGAAAGAUUUCCACAGUAUGACGUCGUGACUUGGAACUCGCUGCUGCUGGGAUACGUUGAAAAUGGAAGAGGGGAUUUGGCGCUGGAUUUGUUCCAGAGCAUGGAAGUCCGCGGCUUGCGUCCCAAUGCGGGGACUUUCAUGGGAGCAAUCAAGGCGUGCUCUGCCAUCGCGGACUGUGAAGAGAGCACGAUUGUCAUCGGCAGUGGAAAAGUCAAGCUCGGUGCUUUGGAGAAAGGGAUGAUGGUUCACUCUCGAGCGACGAGGAUCCAGGGUGACUCUCUGGAUGUGUUCGUGGAGAACACCCUGGUGGAUAUGUAUGCCAAGUGUGGAAGCUUGGUGGAUUCUCGGGGGGCUUUCGACAGGAUGGAGUUUCACACGGUCGUGUCGUGGAAUGCUUUGCUGCUGGGAUAUGCCGAGAAUGGAGAGGGGGAGAUUGCUCUCGAGCUGUUUGAGCGUGUGAGCUGCGAGAAGAAUGCUCUCACUUUCGUUGCUGCGGUCAAGGCCUGCUCCGGCCUUGCGGCGAGAGAAGACCAAAGGCAGGUUGACGGGAGGCUCGUCAAGGUGGUGGCUCUUGAGCGAGGCACGAGAGUACACGCUCAAGCAUCCAGUAUCGAUGAUCCGGAGGCUGUGCUCGCCAACACGCUGGUGGAUUUCUACUCCAAGUGUGGGAGCAUGACGGAUGCUCGAAGAGUCUUCGACAGCAUGGAGUGUCAAAAGGCCGUGGCGUGGAACGCUCUCAUGUUUGGCUACUGCGAGUAUGGAGACGCAGGGACCGUGUUGGAGCUUUUCAACCGCAUGAAAACUUCCAGGGACUGUGCUCCGACCUCUCGAUCGUACGUUGCCGCCUUGAAGGCUUGCACCAGCGUCGCAGGAAAAGAAGUCGCCAGAAAAAUCGACGGGAGGGCCGUGAAGCUGGCAAGUUUGGAGAAAGGCAUGGCUUUGCAUGCUGGAGCUGUGGAGAAAGGCCAUACGGCGGACUGCUUCGUGACAAUCACGCUGAUAGACAUGUACGCGAACUGUGGGAGCCUGGUGGACGCCCGCAGCGUGUUUGACAGGAUGCCUUCUCGGAGUGUCGUGGCAUGGACUGCUUUGCUCAUGGGAUACGCAGAGAGUGGGGAGGAGGGACUGGCUUUGGAUCUUUUGACAACGAUGAAGGACGAAGGCUUCGAGCCGGACACACUAACUUUUGUCGCAGCGGCGAAAGCUUGCAUCGGCGUGGCUGCCAAGGAAGAAGGAAGACAGGUUGACGGGAAGCUCGUGAAAGUUUUCGCUCUGGACAAAGGCAGGACUCUUCACUCACAGGCAGCGAAGUUGGGGUGCGACACGGACGUGUUUUUGGCCAGCACCUUUGUCGACGUUUUCGCGAGAUGUGGGAGCAUGGUGGACGCUCGCCGAGUCUUCGACGCCAUGCCUUUCCACAGUAUGGUGUCGUGGAACUCGAUGCUCCUGGGGUACAUCGAGGCAAGGGAAGAGGCCAAAGCCGUGGAGGCGUUUGGCAGCAUGAGACAGGAGGAGAGCUUCUCGCUGAGCUCGCAGAACCUGGUCGCCGUGCUCAAGGCGUGUGGAAGCUCGGUGGCCUUUCGAUUCGGCAAGGCCGUCCACAGCGAUGCUUGCCGGUGGGGGCACGAGACGGAGGCUCUCCUGGCUACGUGCUUUGUGGACGUCUACGGCAAGUGCGGCAGCAUGGUGGACGCUCACACCACUUUCGACUCGCUGGGCAGCGUCGAUCUGGUGGCCUGGACGGCACUGAUAGCAGGAUAUAGCAGGCUGGGUGACACGAGCAGCGUGUUUCGGCUCUUCCACAGCAUGCAAGACGAGGGGCUUGGAGCAAACCGGGUGACUUUCAUCUGCGUUCUCAUCGCGUGUAGUCACGCCGGGCUUGUAGACGAGGGGAGGAGGUACUUCCAGGCGAUGAGCUCCAAGUAUGGUGUCACUCCCGGCGUGGAGCACUACCACUGCAUGGUGGACAUGCUGGGGCGAGCGAAUGCUCUGGACGAGGCAGUGGAGCUGCUGGAAGCGAUGCCGUUUGAGGCGAGUGCGGUGGCGUGGAAGACGGUGCUCGGGGCGUGCCAGAAGUGGAAGAACUUGAGAGUUGCGAAGAUGGCUUUCGAGGCCUUGAUGAGCAGAGGUGGCGGGAGCGAUGGCGCGGUGUUUCGAUUGAUGGGGAACGUCUAUGCGGCAGCAGGGAUGUGGGAGGAGAAAGCAAAGCUGGAAGAAAGAUUGUCGAGCUCUGAUCCCUCGAGUGAUCUUCGCGUGGUUUUGUCAGGCAGUGAUCUUACAUCGUUGACUUGAGAGCUUAAAGAACUAUAGCUUCAUGUCCUUUAUAACUUGUAUACAAUGUGAUGGUCUCAAGCGA